UGGCAACCUUUCCGGCAGCAAACUCGGCUUGUCUUUCCAUUGAUUUUGCUACGAGUCCAAUGACUUCGAAGAGGGUCGAAGGGGCGCCAGAACCCGGUCGGGAGCCGCAAAGGCAAAACGGGACGGCUGCACGCGGCUCGCGCUCACCAGCAGACGAAACCAGCCCACCAACGGAACCCCAUCCGACACCCAGAGAGGACAACCAGGACGACGGGGACAAAGACCUUGAUGUUCCGCUGCCGCUGAAAGUUGAGUUCCUCAGAGCUCUGAGGACCGGGGACCUCCAGCGGGCCCAAAGACUGUGCCGGGCGAUUCUCAUCUACGAGCCGCAUCAUCCGGAAGCCUCGGCGUUCCUCCCUCUGAUCCGCCAGAAGCUGCUGGAAGAGCAGCCCGACGGCGACGACGACGACGACGACUCGGGAAGUGGCGAAGGAUCGUCUCGGAAUUCCGACUUCUUGUCGUCACCGUCGGAUGAGGACGAGGCCGAAAGUGGGGAGGAAACGCCGGCAAAGCGACCUCGCGGCUCUCGUCCGCAUCAUUUGAGCGAUCGCGGGAAAACCGCUUGCAAAAGACUGCACCAGUAGCGCUUUGGGGAGUCAACUGAGUUUGAGGUUGGAUCACUUUCAGGUACUUUUUGUGACAUUUUUCUUUGGGGACCUGCCGCGAGACUGCAAACUAUCUGCCAGGAAAGGUCGGGAAACGCUCGCCGGCGUGACGGGGUCUCGUCCCGCAUCUGGACCUUGACUUCCUAAACCUGUGUUCCGAUUAAAUAUGGAGAGAUGGCACCAAAUGGGGACGCGAAAGCCAAAUAUGUCCUUAAUAUGUUCAGGUGCUGUUGGCCACGAACGCCAGCUCAGCUGAGGUCACCCGGUCCGGGGUUCCCGUUGACGCAGUCGAUGGGCGAUCCGUCGCCAGGCGCCGUCCUCGGGAAUAUCGAGAUUAGAAAGAGGCGUUCGGGUCACGGGAAACAAAAUGACGACGCUUGCAGUGUUGUGAAUAUUUUUGUCUUCACCGGUACGGCUUGACUGCGGAGAAGAAUUAAAACCGCCGCGUAAGCUGAAAGACCGUGAAAAGCCUUUUUCACCAGUCCACAAAAACGCAUCCAAAGAUUUGAAGAUGAGAAAAAGGGGCACCAGACGACAAACGCGAAGACGACUCGCCACAAGGACGACGGAAAAAGAAGUCGCGAGUCGCAGGAAAAUGGAUUUCCACAAACCCGACUGCGAGGGUUUUGUUCCC